GCCCCCCCCCCCCAAAUGAAUACUUCCCCUAAAUUUUCCAAUGGCACCGAGCCCUCCCAUUGUCCUCCGCUUUUUUUCAGUUGCCAAACCGGAGGGAGCACAAAAGAGUUGCACUAUAAUCCAUUAUCUGCCAUCUUCCCCUUGGGCCUCCACCGUCUCCGUCUGAUCGAUUCUGACAGUGCCACUGUCGUGUCAGUGACAGACCCCAGAGAUGGCAAACGCGUGGCCCUCAAAAAGAUGCCCAAUGUCUUCCAAAACCUUGUGUCCUGCAAGAGGGUUUUCCGCGAGCUGAAGAUGCUUUGUUUCUUCAAGCACGACAAUGUGCUGUCAGCUCUGGAUAUUCUGCAGCCUCCACACAUCGACUACUUUGAGGAAAUUUAUGUGGUGACGGAGUUGAUGCAGAGUGACCUCCAUAAGAUCAUCGUGUCUCCACAGCCCCUGAGCUCUGACCACGUCAAAGUCUUUCUCUACCAGAUCCUCCGAGGAUUGAAGUAUCUACACUCAGCUGGCAUUUUGCACAGAGACAUUAAACCCGGUAACCUGUUGGUCAACAGCAAUUGUGUGCUUAAGAUUUGUGACUUUGGUCUGGCAAGAGUGGAGGAGCUGGACGAGUCACGUCACAUGACCCAGGAGGUGGUGACGCAGUACUACAGAGCACCAGAGAUCCUUAUGGGGAGCAGGCACUAUUCCAACGCCAUCGACAUCUGGUCUGUGGGUUGCAUCUUUGCCGAACUGCUUGGCCGACGCAUCCUCUUCCAGGCCCAGAGUCCCAUCCAACAGCUGGACUUGAUCACAGAUCUGCUGGGGACUCCGUCUCUGGAGGCCAUGAGGACGGCAUGUGAGGGGGCCAGAGCUCACAUCUUGAGAGGACCACAUAAACAGCCCUCACUUCCUGUCCUGUACACCCUGUCCAGUCAAGCAACCCAUGAGGCCGUUCACCUCCUCUGCAGGAUGUUGGUCUUUGACCCAUCAAAAAGGAUCUCUGCAAAGGACGCCCUGGCGCACCCGUAUCUGGACGAGGGGCGUCUGCGGUACCACACCUGCAUGUGCAAAUGCUGCUACACCACUUCCUCUGGCCGCGUCUAUACCAGUGACUUUGAGCCUGUCACCAAUCCCAAGUUUGACGAUGGCUUUGAGAAGAACCUGACGUCAGUUCGGCAGGUCAAAGAGAUCAUUCAUCAGUUCAUCCUGGAGCAGCAGAAGGGGAAUCGGGUACCGCUCUGUAUCAACCCCCAAUCAGCUGCCUUCAAAAGCUUUAUCAGCUCAACAGUAGCUCAGCCCUCUGAGAUGCCUCCAUCUCCUCUUGUUUGGGAGUAGCUGAGGACGGCGGAGAAGAUGGUGUUGAUAAACAGUGGUGGUGGACGUCCCUCUGGCAGCCCGUCCCGCGUCCACCCCUGGACUACUGACCCCCAGGCAUCCCCAAACCUGCGUAGCAUUUCACUGGAGUCUAGGACUAGCCAUGUCGCUGAUGUGUGUGUGUAUUGUAAUAGUUACUAAAUGGAGUUUUAUAGAAGCAACCACUGCUGAUGAGUUCAAGCGGGACACGGGACGGGUGGGCAUGGUCACGGGGGGACUGUUCGUGCAUACCCACUGCUCUGUAGUAGUAUACUAAAGGUUCGUGAAGGGUACGAACCUGUACUUUCGGCAGACGAAGUCGGCCUCUGUGGACUUGGAAUGUAUUUUGAACAGCAGGGCGGCAGAGUCUGUGCAGUAUAUCUGAAGGAAAACUCAUCACGACUGUGUGCGAGUAAUCAUGCUUUAUUUAUUCAUGGAAACAGGAAGUGCAGUGCUUCAUGUAGUGUGGAAAGAAGGCAAGUUUCUCUGAAUCGGUCUUUCACUCGCGCUACAACCACGGCGGAAAAAACGCUAUCCUCAUUAGUAGCCUAUUCAUUAGGCCCCACCCUUGUGAAAGGAGCGGUCACAGUAACCGCUGCUCAGAAUUUCGAGGGCGAAAUCCAGUUGUUUCAGGAAUCUGCGCGUUUUGAAAAUUCCUGGUGCAGAACUAGUUGGACAUGUAAAUUUGUCGCGCCGACAGAAAGCUGCUUCAUACAUAAAUACGCUAUUGGUGGUGAGUUUCUUUUUUAAAAUGGGCAGCAAAACUGAAAUAUUGCUAGAGUGACGACUCGUUUGGCUGUAGUGAGCUGCUCAUUGCGUUUAUUGCCUUCAACGGCGGUGUGAUUUUUUUUUUUUACGACUUCCAUUUUUGCUGUCAUCUGCACUCUUCCUUUCUUUCUCUAUCGAUCUUUGUUCGUAUCUCGCUUUCCGUCUCCUAUUCAACUCUUCAAAUCAGUAUUCCUUAGCGCAGCACUUGGCAGAGAUACUGAUUCGUAGGCUUCUCUUAGUACUCCUGAAUGUGGAUGUGUUGUGUCAGUAUUUAGUACUUCGGAUUGGUGACUGAAUGGCACAACGAUUCAAAAGGAUCCAAAGCAUGCAAGAUUGGCCAGAGGGAAAAUGCUCAUACUGAUAGGGUUUAUUUGAAUCGAAGGAGACUUUGUGAGCAUGUCCAGAAAUCUUGCAGGUGCUUGUCUCCUACCGAGACUGAAAACCCAACUAGCAUGUAGCGAAAUGAUAUGGGGAGGUCUGUGUUUUCAGAUGACCUUUGAACCCUGCUCACCAUGAUGGAGUAUCUAGAAUAGCAUGCAAACCAAAUUAAAGGCUUAAAACUAAAAAUAAAUAAAUAAAGCAAAUAAAUAAAUAAUGGAUUGAACUGUUGGUAAACCAAACCAUUCCAUAAUUGCAAUGGUAUAUUUCCGAACUUUGUCUAGUGAGGAACGCCAUUGUGAGUGCAUGUAUGGACCCCGUGCAUGCUUCUAACUGACUGUGGCAUCACAAUAGUGAUCCUGUAGAUGUCAGUUCGGUGUCGUCUACUUUGACCCCCCUCAAAAGCACCUUUUCUGUUAAAAGACUCCUGGAUCUGAUGGAUCUGAAAAGGGUGCCUGGGAAAUGGUGAAUAUUGUGGGUCUGGAAAGACAUUGGGAGUAGUUUUCACUCACUCUACCAUGCUUAAACUUCCCAUUUCUGCACUCUCUCUCAGACUAAAAGAAAACAAAUAGAAAAUAUUUAAUAUAUUUUUAGAGAAUUAUUUUUAUUUCUUCCUCAAUGUGCUAUGGCAUGCUUUCCCAUGAUCCACUGAGUAAGGUAUGUAAAUAAGCGAUUAGCUGGUAGAUUUCAAUAGAAACGAAAAAUCUACAAAAAAAAAAAAAAAUGAUGUAUUAAAAAAAAAAUC